AGCGGAAUAGUUAAGGAAUAUUGUUCAUAUAUGGGCAGAAAAGCUAGCUGCAAAGGGCUUCCAAAGGUAAAGAAAUAUUUAAAACACUAACAGCUCACAGGGCUUUAAACAAUUUUGAGUGUUUGGUGAUUUACCCUAAAAAGACCGCAAUUUAAUAUGCCUCUGCAGAAAGACAUGUAAAUGAAUAUAAUAAUCAUAGCUGCCCUCCAUUGAAUGUUUUCUCUCAUAUGGGGCCCCAAGGGCUUCAUAUAUGUUGUGUUGUUUAUUGUCACAAUGUCCAUAACAGGUGGAUAAACAGGCUCAUAUUAGAUGAGAAAAAGGAGGAUCAGAGAGGUUGAGUAAAAUGCCUAAGGUCACCCAGCUAGCAAGCAGUAGAGGUGAGUUUUGAGUACCUGGCGAAACCUAUGAGCUUCUCCUCCCCGUUACACCACCUCUUUAUACGUUCCUCUUCUCUCCUUGUCGGACUGAGAUUUUUUUCCCUUGAAUGUCCUUUAGCUAAUAUCAACCUGAAUAGCCUUGUGGAAUUGGCAGAAGGACAUGACCCAUUUUCUCCAUGUAUGUGAGCCAGUGAAGAUCUCUGGUACUGACCGGUUAUGUAGCUUUCCUUGUAAUCCACGCACACACAAAGGUGUGUAGUAAUCAUAAAACACCAUAUUUCUUCUUCUUACCGCUUCUCCUCCAACCACUUAACUGUCAUUUACUGCAUACUCCUCCUUAGCCAUCUCUGGGUCAAUAGUGUUCUUUUCCAUUUCAGAGUUCGGGUAAGAGAGACAUCAGGACACCUCGCAUUAGGUCACCUAGCAGAGAUCAGCCACUCCUGGGUUCAGUGAGGAGGUUUGGAUUUGCCUCAAAGGGCACUCCACAAAUUGAACUGAGAAAUCCCGAGGAAGCUGCCUGAAUCUCCUUGUAUAUUCUUGUUCAACAUCGUGUAAAGGACCAGACAAAUCAAAUUGGUGGUUUUUGGUUUCCGCCGGGGCCGUGGAUGCCUUUGACAUUAUGACCGCAGAGGAUUCCGCCGCAGCCAUGAGCAGCGAGCCGGCCGCUGGGUCCUCCACCAAGGUGCCCGAGGGCGUGGCGGGCGCGCCCAACGAGGCGGCGCUUCUGGCGCUGAUGGAGCGCACGGGCUACAGCAUGGUGCAGGAGAACGGGCAGCGCAAGUAUGGCGGCCCGCCGCCCGGCUGGGAAGGUCCGCACCCGCAGCGCGGCUGCGAGGUCUUCGUGGGCAAGAUCCCGCGCGACGUGUACGAGGACGAGCUGGUGCCCGUGUUCGAGGCGGUGGGCCGCAUCUACGAGCUGCGCCUCAUGAUGGACUUCGACGGCAAGAACCGCGGCUACGCCUUCGUCAUGUACUGCCACAAGCACGAGGCCAAGCGCGCCGUGCGUGAGCUCAACAACUACGAGAUCCGCCCCGGCCGCCUGCUCGGCGUGUGCUGCAGCGUGGACAACUGCCGCCUCUUCAUCGGCGGCAUCCCCAAGAUGAAGAAGCGCGAGGAGAUCCUGGAGGAGAUUGCCAAGGUCACGGAGGGCGUGCUCGACGUGAUCGUCUACGCCAGCGCGGCCGACAAGAUGAAGAAUCGCGGCUUCGCCUUCGUCGAGUACGAGAGCCACCGCGCCGCCGCCAUGGCGCGCCGCAAGCUCAUGCCCGGCCGCAUCCAGCUCUGGGGCCACCAGAUCGCCGUGGACUGGGCCGAGCCCGAGAUCGACGUGGACGAGGACGUGAUGGAGACCGUGAAGAUCCUCUACGUGCGGAACCUCAUGAUCGAGACCACCGAGGACACCAUCAAGAAGAGCUUCGGCCAGUUCAACCCGGGCUGCGUGGAGCGCGUCAAGAAGAUCCGCGACUACGCCUUCGUGCACUUUGCCAGCCGCGAGGACGCCGUGCACGCCAUGAACAACCUCAACGGCACCGAGCUGGAGGGCUCGUGCCUCGAGGUGACGCUGGCCAAGCCCGUGGACAAGGAGCAGUACUCCCGCUACCAGAAGGCGGCCAAGGGCGGCGGCGCGGCCGAGGCGGCAAUGGUGCAGCAGCCCAGCUACGUGUACUCCUGCGACCCCUACACGCUGGCCUACUAUGGCUACCCCUACAACGCGCUCAUUGGGCCCAACAGGGACUACUUCGUGAAAGCAGGCAGCAUAAGAGGCCGGGGUCGAGGUGCAGCUGGCAACAGAGCCCCAGGGCCCAGGGGUUCCUACCUUGGGGGAUAUUCUGCUGGCCGUGGUAUAUAUAGCCGAUAUCAUGAAGGAAAAGGAAAACAACAAGAAAAAGGAUAUGAACUUGUACCGAAUUUGGAAAUCUCUGCCGUCAAUCCAGUUGCCAUUAAACCUGGUACAGUGGCCAUCCCUGCCAUCGGGGCCCAGUAUUCCAUGUUUCAGGCAGCUCCGGCUCCUAAAAUGAUUGAAGAUGGUAAAAUCCACACAAUGGAGCACAUGAUCAGCCCCAUCGCCGUGCAGCCAGACCCAGCCAGCGCCGCCGCGGCCGCGGCUGCCGCCGUCAUCCCUGCCGUGUCCACGCCACCACCUUUCCAGGGCCGCCCAAUAACUCCAGUGUACACGGUGGCUCCGAACGUUCAGAGAAUUCCCGCUGCCGGGAUCUACGGGGCCAGUUAUGUGCCAUUUGCUGCUCCGACCACAGCUACGAUCGCCACGCUGCAGAAGAACGCGGCGGCCGCCCUCUACAGCGGGUACGCAGGCUACAUACCUCAGGCCUUCCCCGCCGCUGCUAUCCAGGUGCCUAUCCACGACGUCUACCAGACCUACUGAGAUCCACCCACCACAACCACUGAAGGAACACUUUACUAUUUAUGAAGAAAGAACGUGUUGGGUUAGCACACACGAAACCCAAACGUGAAGAAUGUUAUCAGAUACCAUACUGGAAUAUUUUAUAUACAUGAAGUUUUCACUAGUUUUUUAAGACUGUUUUCAAUUUAGCAGACCUGUGUUUGUACAUUUCUAAGAGGCUUGCAAUGGUUUGUGCCUUAAACACCAUCUCUUAAAAAUUUGUACGCUGUAGUACAUUUGUAUAGAGGUUUUCGUUUUUGUAUUUUUAAGGAUAUAUUUUCAGUAUGAAGGUUAUUUUCUUAACUUCUGCACUCCAGAGAUUUCUAUUUUGUAGUACCUUCAAUAGUAAAUAUAUCAACUAUAUAUUAAAAAGCACACUUGAGCAGCUAGGGAACUAUUUUGAAAAAUAUAUUCAAUAUUUAAAGAUACAAACAAUAGUGCUUUAAAAAUACUACAUAAAACGUUAUUUUAAAAGUUAUACUGGAAAGUGCAAUUUUAAAAUGAGUGAAACCUCUAUUUCUGCUGGAAUUAAAAGUUAACGGGUGUUACUCUGUGUUAUCCAUGACGGUUCUGUUUUUUAAACACUCGACCUCUCCUUAAACCAACAUUGAAAGACUUGUCACACUUCUGAGUCCAAACACUGGAAAGCUCUCUCACCUGCCACCAUCACCCUGGGUCCCUACUCCUUCUCCAAGUGCCUUUGCUCUUAGAUGAUAGGUUCUCUCCCCACCCACUAGUCACCCUCUCCCCCUGUUCCCAGUCCCACCUUUGUGUUUGGCAAGUCUAGGACAAAUGAAUUACUCUGACAGAGAAAACAUUGAUGACUUUUAUACUUCUUUUUGUUGGGGUUUUUUGUUAUGGGUUUUUGGUUUUUUGGGUGUGUUUGGUUUGGUUGGGAGGUAUUUUCAAUAGCAGAGUAUGUGUAAGCACAAGAUUUUAAUAGUUUGCAUAAGACAUCCUUGCAUAGCUAUUUAAUUGUCCAAUAUACAACUUUCAUUCCUUUCCUAAUGCUUUUAUUAUAUUUGUUUUGAAGUAUAAGUUUGUAGAGACAGAGAAUGUUAUUGUAGACAAGACCCUGAAAGACUCUUGUCGGCAGAUAUGCUUCUAGUUGCCUUAUCAUGUUUCAUGCGAAAUGUCUGUGGUUGUCACGGUGUUGGAAAUAUUAUGUUUAUUGAACGGGGCCUCCCUCCGUUGCCAUGCAUGUGGCAGGUGAACUGAAUUGGGGCGUGCACAGCCAGGAGGGGGAGGAGAGACCUGCAGGAGUAAAAGAUAGUUUGUAAAUAUCUCCUAAUGCUUGUUUUUAGCUGUUUUAUGUUGCAGAAGUUCAUGGUACCUAGUUGAAUGCAAAAUGAAACCAUUUUAUUUCAAUGUUAUUGAACAGUUUUGUUUUAGUAGGAAGUAAAUGUAUUGUUGCAGUGUUUUGUGCCUGUUUAAAGGCCUUUGUUUAGCAGAGUGAAUGUAAAAUACAGUAAAAUGUUAAGAUUGUCAUCUACUUUAUAAAAUACACCAACUUGGAUUUUUUUUUUUAAAGGUUCUAUCAAGGAAGUGAGGUGUGCAAUAGAUAGCACGGCCACAGUUGUGUUUUUAUGUCAUAUUGGAGAUUCCAUCAAACCUUCUACUCACUGAAUUUUGCUGAUGGCUGCAUUCUUAUUGUGGAUUAAUAGGAUAGUGCCCUUAGCAAACGUAUUAGUUUUGUUUUACAUUUUAAAUUAAGAGAUUCCCAAAUGCCCUCUUUUCCCUCAUCUUAGGGUGGGUUGAAUUUUUUAUAUAUAAGCAAUAUUUAUUUAACUAUUCUAUAAAAUUAUUGAGUGCCUGCAAAGGCCUUUAAACAUUCCUAACCUUCCUUUCCAUCGUCCUUAAAUGACAUAAAGUAAUUGUGCAAUGUUCCUGAUUCUGUACCCAGCAAACUGCAUCCAAACUCAAAUCUGUUGUAAUGAGUAAUCCAACAAAAUGCAGUUUGGAUUAGAUCCCCAUCCUUUGACUUUGUAUGAAAGAAGUACUCUCCUACUCUCCUUCCAGUGAAGGAUUAAUUAUCAGAGGUUCACUGGAUGAGACUAACCCAGGGGUCUUACUGUAUUUUACAUGUGCCUGUAAAUUAUUUGCAGAAAAGAAAAAGGAAAAAAAUGGUGUCUUAACAUGGCAACUACCAAACUACCUUAAAAAUAAAUGUUGCUGACAUAGCCCAUUAAGUAUCAGUGAGCCUCCUACCUACCUAUGGUCUGUCUGUUCCUGUUGUUUGAAAAACAUUUCACAUAUGUACACUACUGAAGUAAGUUUGUAACUUGAAAUGUGAACUUUUUUUUUAGGGUUAAGAACAAACUAUAUAAAUGUUUAAAAAAAAAACCAAACUUUUGAGUUCUCUGUUUUCAAACAUGCUAGCAGUUUAGUUGUUAUCUUUAGUUGCGUUGUAUUUGAAAAGCUUUUAAGUUUAUUUAGAUCUUGCUUCAUUUACAAUACA